AUGGGCGGCAUAGCCAAUCAGCAACAUGCAAUCCCCAUCAUCGAUUUUGGCCCUCUUCUUCAAGAUGACUGCACGCACGAAAGUUUUGCCACCAUCGGGAAAGAAAUCUACGAAGCGUUUAGGGAUUUUGGUUUCGCCUACAUAAAAAACCACUCAGUGCCGCAGAGUGUGGUAGACGAGGCAUUCCGAUGGGUAUCCAAGUUGUUCCCUUACACCGAAAAGGACAAGGUUCCCCACCCUCAAGAAGGAUGGUAUCACCGAGGCUACUCGGGUAUCGGCCGCGAAAAAGUCUCCCAGAUGGUCUUUGACGAGGAGGGCAUCGCCAACCAACGUAAAAAGCCAGACUUCAAGGAAUCCUACGAAAUGGGUGCAGAGGGAAAGCUGCGAAACAUUUGGCCUGCCGAUGACGUGAUCCCCGGGUUCCGCGACUUCUUCACCCAGUUUUACGAGAUAUGCUACGAAAUGGAAUUGCAACUGCUCCGCGCUAUCGCCGUUGGCAUGGGCCUGAAGGAGGAUUUCUUUACCAAUUACCACAAGACCAAGCAAAACCAGAUCCGCCUGCUGCACUACCCGCCUGCCGAAGAAGAGCUCCUCGCGACCGGCAAACUAGAAAGUAUCAGUGCCCAUACCGAUUUCGGUACGCUAACCAUGCUCUUCCAGGACCAAGUCGGCGGACUCGAGGUCGAAGAUAUCCAUGAAAAGGGCAAAUUCAACCCAGCGCCCUAUAUCCCAGGAACAAUGGUUGUCAAUAUCGGCGAUCUACUUAUGAGAUGGAGCAACGACGUGCUGCGGUCUACGCUGCAUCACGUUCGUACGCCUCCUGCUGAUGAGCCGUUGAAAGAGGGCGAACCGCGGAUGACUCGCGAGAGGUACUCGAUUCCAUACUUUGUAGCCCCGGACAUUGACUCUACAAUUGACUGUAUACCGGGCUGCUGGGGGCCGGAACGACCAAAGAAGUAUGAGCCUAUUAAUAGCAGCGAGUACCUGGAUAUGCGGCUGAAUGCCACCUACUGA